GACAUAACAAAGAGAGUUAAGACAGAAAGUAGUAGGUCCUUUAAAGGUGCAUCCUUAGCCAUAGCCAUGCAUGUUACAGUUGAAGGAAAAGCUGAAAAACCGCCAAGAAAACGAUAUUCUGAGACGUCUAAUGAAUCUUUCACAUUAUAUUCAUUGGGUACUAAUGGAGGGCCACUAGAAACAGACUGUAGUGCUCAUCUAUUGUCAGAUGGAACGUUUCGGGAGAUUGUUUCAAUAGACGGAGGCGGACAUCUUUCCGCAUUGGCCGAGUUGAUUGAAAAGAAGCUAUUGACAGUCGACAUUGAUGAACGGGACUUACUACAAUCAGGGGAUGGAGUACCCUUGAACAUUGUGUAUGCGAAAGCAUGGUUGUUUUCUGAACAGGGUAUUAAAACGUUUUUAAUUUCACACUGCCAUUUUGAUCACAUAUACGCUUGCGUUAUCAACAGUGCGAUGUUUGGUCCACAAAAUCCAAGAACAAUUGUCGGCUUGGACUAUGUGAUUAAUACCCUCAAAAAGCAUAUAUUUAAUAACCAAGUUUGGCCUGCGUUAGAUAAAGCUGGAUUUAUAGAUUUCAAGAUAAUUAGUCAACCCGUGUAUACCAAUUUAACCUCUACCUUAUCCGUAUUACCUUUCCCUGUGAAUCAUGGCUCGUCGUUUGGGCAUGAAUUGAAGUCGUCGGCAUUUCUCAUUCGCAACAAUAUAUCUGACCGGUAUUUCAUAGCUUUUGGAGACGUAGAGCCUGACAAAGUAGCAUCAGAUUCGCUUAAUAUUUAUGUAUGGAAAGUCUGCGCAGAACUUAUUGCCAAAAAGAAGCUGACUCAUAUAUUAAUUGAAUGCUCUACACCAGACAUUCCUGAUGCCUUACUGUUUGGCCAUUUUUGUCCUCGGCAUUUAGUGGAUGAGCUUUGCUCACUCCAGUCAUUUGUUAAAGAUCUAGGUGGAAGCAUGGAUAAUGUCACUGUUUUAAUAACUCACUUGAAAUCUCAUCCUCUUCAGGCAAUCAAUCCUGAAGUUAUCAUCAUGGAGCAACUUGAAGCUUUAAGCAAAUCGUGUUCUUUAUCCGUUAAUUUUAAAAUAGUUAAACGAGGACAGUUUUAUAGAUUUUCCUGAAAAGGGAUGUUAAAUGGUCUUGGUUUGAGAUUUUUAUAUUCGGUUUGCGGUAAUGCAAUGCGUAUGAUUAUAUUCAUUCGCUUUUCAUUGUUUUUGAAAUUACUUUACAAUUUACAUCUUGCAAAGUUUACUCUUUUCGUUUCCUUUUCUUAUCAUACGAAGUUUUGCAUCAAUUACCUCCAUCAUUAGAAUUUUUAUACAUUACAAGCGAUUGGGAUUUUGGACAUAAGGGAACAUUAUUGUUAAUAAAAGCUCGAUGUUUUGUUAAUUCGAUUUUUAUCUCACUGGAUUUUAUAAGAGCAGCACGCUUCUUUCUAUUCCGAAAAAGAAAAUUUACUUUUAGUUGUAAAUGGAAUA